AUAAAUGGAAUUCUGAUAACUACAAAUAAACUAGCAGGUCUUUAUAUAAUGAAAUUUAAUCAACAGUGGUAUCAUUUUUCAGGAAAGGCGUGCCACAAUCAGCAUCAUUCAAGCAAGAGGGUUACAGCGUUAGGAUUUUUUAAGUGAGGGGAUUCUUUAUAAUAGCACUGUUUGGAAAAGACAAAAACUGAAGUUAUCGAUCGCGAAAAUGAUGCCGAGAUUGGCGCUUCUCUCUUUCGGCUGCUGUCUGGCAGCUAUUGGUUCUAUGGGAGCACCAAUGAUUGAAACAGAACUGCAAAUGACGUCAUUCUUGAAUAAAUAUGGCUACCUUAAAGACAGUGACAUGGUAGAUGGUAUGCCAAAGAAUGAAGAGGUUAUGAGAAGAGCCAUCAUGUACUUCCAGAAAAUGGGAAAUAUUCCAAUGACAGGGACUCUGAACAAUGAAUCUAAGGCUUUAAUGAACACACCGCGCUGUGGAAUGAAAGACAUGGAAACAUUUUCUUUGAGAAAGAAACGUUAUUUAGCAAGAAAUCCCUGGCCAAAGUCCGAUCUCACGUGGAAUAUCCUUAUACCAACCAAUCAAUUACCACAGUUAGAUCAGAAGAGAAUCAUGCAAGAUGCUUUGAAGGUUUGGAGUGAUGUUUCUAAUCUAAAUUUCGACGAAGUCAACACUCAAGAACCUGACAUCAGGAUCAUCUUUGCAAGGCGUGAACACGGAGAUCCGGUGCCCGACUCCGCCUUCGAUGGCCGUUCAAAUGUUCUAGCGCAUGCGUAUUUCCCACAACCCCAUCCACUUGGCGGCGACGCCCACUUCGAUGAUGAUGAAGAUUUCACGGAUAGAACUAGCGACGGAACCAAUCUUUUCCAAGUCGCUGCUCACGAGUUCGGCCACAGUCUUGGUCUCGACCAUUCUGAAGUGGCGGGCGCCCUCAUGGGCCCGUACUACAGAGGAUACCAAUCGAACUUCCAGCUCCACGACGAUGAUAUCGCCGGUAUUCGUCAACUGUAUGGAGAACGAGUAGAAGAAGGAAGACCUGAAGAGAGAAGUACUACCUCUACGCCGACAAGCAGUACUCCAUCUACGCCGACAAGCGAUUGCAUGACCCAGAUAUCUUUUGCGACACGGACGAGAGAUGGCAGUACGUACUUGGGAAACGAAACACACGUAUUUCGUCGGGACGGCGACACAAUUCUUGACGGUUAUCCAAAGAAAAUAGAAGUAGAAUUUCCCGGCCUUGAAACCAACUUAGACGCUGCAUUGUAUUACCAGUACAACGGAAACACUUACUUUUUUAAGGGAAGUGAAUAUUGGAAAUAUUCAAAUCAGGACUUAGUUGCUAGAGGAGAAAUGUCAGACUUAAUCUCCCCAUACCGUCAGGCGUUUUACGGCUUUAAUGAUCUCCCAAGCAAUAUUGAUUCGGCCUUCAUAUGGGGUAGAACUGGUAAUGUCUACGUAACUAAAGGCGAUGAGUACUAUCUGUUUUAUAUGGGCUACGGUGUACACCCGAACUAUCCGCGCCCGCUGAGUCUCUGGAGGGGAAUACCGAGUGGGGGCGUCGACGCUGCUUUCCAAGACUACGACGGCUUCACGUAUUUCUUCAAAGGAACCGAUCAUUACCGGUUUAACGAUUACAACGUCCGGAUUGACGACGGUUAUCCGAUGGAGACCGCGUUCACGUGGCUCGGUUGUGAUGCGAGUGCGUACGCAGUCGCCGGCGGGGGAGGAGAUGCAGCUUCAAUGAUUCCUUCAGUAGCUGCUAUUGCAUUUUCUCUCCUUUCUGCGAUCUACGUUUUUUGAAAACAAUUUUUCAUUCUAGGCUUGUAAGAUUGUAGUGCCCCUAGAUAAAUUUAAGCGUGCUGCAAGCUAGCAAACAGUAGACAUCAAUAUGCAUGCCUAUUACUAGCCUAUUAAUCUAUCCACUUAGUCUGCAGGCACAGACCCUUUGUUUUCACAGUUCGCACUGUGCAUAAAACAGAGUCUAAAAUAGUGAGACUAGAUUCACUGUGUACUGUGGCUGGUUCUGUCUUAUUUGACGCAGACGGAGCCUUCGACGUCUAGUCUUCACUCUAGACAUGGUACAUUUGGUUAAAGUUUCAAAUAUGAAUCUGUGUUUGCAGACUACGAUCCACUUGCUAUUCACCUGGCCAUGUUACAACCGAUAAUGAUAUAAUGUCACAGAAAUGGCCCUGGGAAGCGGGGGGUGCUGCGUGUAUUAUUCUCCAUAGGCAGCACCCCUGGAAUUCUGGUAGGUGUGACAAAAUGGAGAAAUGUAACCAAAAUGACCAACAUUUUGUAUAGAAACCCUUUUUUUCUGUUUUGUUUUUUGCUUGUCAAAUUUCUCGGGACCCAAAUGACUUUCAUUUUUUUGUAGUAACCCCCACUCCCCUAUUUUAUGGCUUGUCAAAUUUACAUCAGCUCCCCCUGUAAAAAAAAAAAUCGUUCCCAAGGCCUUGGUCACAUCAACGCAUAAUGUCACAUGAACGCACAAUGUCGCAGGAAAUUACAUUAUGCGUUGACCACCCAAAACAGUCACGAUACAGAGUUUUCGAAAUCACUACGCGGCCGCUCUUAACAACGCACCAAUUCCUUUGAAGAUGCAAGUAAGUCAAAGCACAGUGGAGAGCUGAGAGGAUUUGUCAAAAGUUGGUGGACCGGGACAGCAGCGCAGCGUCAUCUUGUGACUCUGGACAACGAGGUAUUUUCAAUUGCUCGUCCGGUCCAAAUCUUCGGAUGAUCUGCUGUCCUGGUCCAACAACUUUCGACAAAAUCCUCUCAGCUCCCAAUUGUGAUUUGACUUGCAUUUUCAAAGAAAUUGGUGAGUUGUAGAGCGCGGCCGCGUCGUGAUUGCGAAAACUCUCUAUUAUCGGUUAACAGGUGAUUGCUAGUGACUAGCUAGCCGCUAGCUUGAAAUUUCGGUGACAGAGUGCUAAUCAUUUGUUUUUUCCUUAACACGAAUUAUGCUCGAUAUGUAUAGAUACAGUAUCUUAUUUAUAUAGUGUAUAUAGUCCGUUCCUCUUCGAUUCAAUGUUCAGUUGAUGAAAAAAAAUGUUUUAGAAGAAACUUAUCCCUACAGAAUUACUGGUUGAAAAUAAAAAUUGAGAUGAAUAAUUUAUGCAUUUUUAUGGGCGUCAGUGCAGAGGAUUGUCCUUUUAGGGGGACGAGAGGAUUUUCAUUUAGGGGGACGCAACAAGACCCCCCCCCAAAAAAAAUCUAAAUCAAAAGAUAAUUUCUGCGCUGACGCCCAUGUCAUUUAUUUCAAGGAAACUGAAGUCUGUUUUCAUGUAGAUAUCAUACUAAAAUCAUUUAUGGAACUUUUGAACUGUUAAGAUCAUAGAAUAUAAUGCAACUUUUAUCAC